CAAAUCCGCCUCCAAAUCCGCCUCCAAAUCUUUCACCGAAGAUUACGUCUCCAACUGCAUCUCUAAGCUUACUCUGGAGUUUUGAAGUCUUCAUAGGCCUCUGUUGCUGCCGGAGUAGAUUUCUUAUCCAUUUCUCCUCUUUGAGUUUGGCCUCAUGGCUUAUCAGGUUGAUAACGUGCAGAUCGAGGAGAAGGCGAGGGAGAAGUCGAUCGACGACUGGCUCCCCAUCACGUCUUCCAGGAAGGCGAAGUGGUGGUACUCGGCCUUCCACAAUGUCACGGCCUUGGUCGGCGCCGGCGUCCUCAGUUUGCCCUACGCUAUGGCGCAACUUGGAUGGGGCCCCGGCAUUGCAGUGCUCAUCCUGUCAUGGGUCAUCACCCUCUACACGCUGUGGCAAAUGGUGCAGAUGCACGAGAUGGUGCCGGGGAAGCGGUUCGACCGGUACCACGAGCUGGGGCAGCAAGCCUUCGGCGACAAGCUCGGCCUUUGGAUCGUCGUGCCGCAACAGCUCACCGUCGAGGUCGGCGUCAACAUCGUGUACAUGGUGACCGGCGGCAAGUCCCUCAAGAAGUUCCACGAUGUCCUCUGCCCCGACUGCAAGUCCAUCAAGCUCACCUACUUCAUCAUGAUCUUCGGCUCCGUACACUUCGUGCUCUCCCAGCUCCCCAACUUCAACUCCAUCUCCGGGGUCUCCUUGGCAGCUGCUGUCAUGUCGUUCAGCUACUCCACCGUUGCCUGGGGAGCUUCGGUGCACAGGGGGAAGCAAGCCAACGUGGAGUACGUCUACAAGUCGUCAAGCACCGCAGAAGGCGUCUUCAACUUCUUGAGCGCACUGGGAGAUGUGUCCUUUGCGUACGCCGGCCACAACGUGGCGUUGGAGAUCCAAGCUACGAUCCCGUCGACUCCCGAGAAUCCCUCCAAGAAGCCCAUGUGGAAAGGCGUCGUCGUCGCCUACAUCGUCGUUGCUCUCUGCUACUUCCCCGUGGCUUUCUUGGGGUACUGGGCGUUCGGCAACGGCGUCGCCGACAACAUCCUCAUUACGCUGAAUAAGCCGCGGUGGCUGAUCGCCACGGCCAAUAUUAUGGUCGUCAUCCACGUUAUCGGUAGUUACCAGAUCUACGCCAUGCCUGUGUUCGAUAUGAUAGAGACAGUGCUCGUCAAGAAGCUGCACUUCCCGCCGGGACUAGCCGUUCGCCUGAUUGGACGCAGUACUUACGUUGCGUUUACGAUGUUCGUCGGCAUGACCUUCCCUUUCUUCGGCGGACUGCUUGGGUUCUUCGGCGGCUUUGCUUUUGCCCCGACAACAUACUUCCUUCCCUGCGUCAUGUGGCUUUCUGUUUACAAGCCUAGAAGAUUCAGCUUAUCUUGGAUCAUCAACUGGAUCUGCAUUCUGCUCGGAGUUCUGCUGAUGAUUCUGUCGCCCAUCGGAGGACUUCGGCAAAUCAUAAUGGACGCCAAGAGCUACGAGUUCUACUCGUAGGCUGCCGCGAUGGACCAAUAAAUCUGAUGGUCUCUCCUAUGUGCAUAAGUGUAGCCACCUGUAGUGGCUUAAUAAAUGAGGAGAACAUGGUGUAAAUACAUGUGGAGCUGUUUC